AACCAAAUGUUCACAAAAAAAAAAGCACAAAAAUCAUUUUUUUUCUCAUUGUCUAACAUGAAAUCUGACCUGUUCAAAGUUCACCACAAUUAUUUCUAAAAUGCCAAAAUUCCACAGCAAUGAGAGGAUUUUUUUUUUUUAAACUUUCCUUUAUCGCGACUUUCUUAAGUCAGAAGUUGGAUGACUUUGAUCAAUUUGGAGGAAAAGAUGUCAUUCUGAUCAUUUCAUUGACAACAUUUACGCAAAGUAAAAACGGGAAGCGAAGCGGAGUAACGCAAGUCUGGCUAAUCCUUGGGUGCAAUUUCCAGAUACUUGAUAGCUCUGAGUCAGCGGCGGCGUUCCGCCGAGCUUUCCAGACCCGACGGCCGAGGACUCUUUGCCCCCUUGCGCUGCUGCUUUCCUAUUGGCCCUUUGUGUUGCUGCAGGCUCCGCCCUUGAAGGCCUUCCUCGCCCGUGCUCGCUCUCCAUCUUCGUCGCCAUGAGCGCGGUGACCUCGUCGCCUUUGAGCCCCGAAGCGGCGUGGCCCGCGCUCACCGCCGCCACGCCGUCCUCGGCGGAGGCCGGGAGGGAAAAGGACGCCGCCCUCAGGUCCCGUCGGAGGCCUCCGCCGGUGCACGCCGGCGCCGAUUGGCAGGUGCUGCUCCACCUCCCGCAAACGGAGGCGUGGCUGCGCGCCAGCGAGGCCAGGGUGGCGCAACUGACGCGCUCGGCGGCGCAGGACGGCUCCGGCAGACACGUGGACGCCCACUUGCUGCAGCUGAAGGAGAUCUGCGAGGACAUCUCGGACCACGUGGAGCCGAUCCACGCUCUUCUGGAGACCGAGUUGUCCCUCAAGCUUCUGUCGUACUCCGUCAACAUCUUGGUGGACAUCAGGACGGUGCAGCUGCUGUGGCACCAGCUGAGGGUUUCGGUUCUGGUUCUGAAGGAGCGUCUUCUUCAGGGUCUGCGAGACCCCAACGGAAACUUCACAAGGCAGACCGACAUCUUGCAGGCCUUCGGCCGGGGGGACCGGACCUGCCGGCAUCAGACCCGUCGCCUCGACGCCUUGACCGAGGUCGACGAUUGCGGUCAGCUGACCAUUCGCUGCACUCAAGACUAUUUCUCCCUGGACUGCGGCAUCACGGCCUUCGAACUGAGCGACUACAGUCCCGGCGACGAGCCCCAGACCCCGGAGAACCGCAGCCCAGGUGAGGCGGACUCGGAAAAGGCGUCGCCUGAACUGGUGACGCCCGACGGCUCGUUAAGCCACACCCGGCCCGUCCGGCGAGAAAGCAAAGCGACCAAUCAGAGCGAGGCCGCAAAGCGUUCUCUGCCGGGCGGCGACCGGAACACGGAGCCGUCCCUCCCGAAGAGAGCCGCUCCGGUCUCGGGUGAGGCGAAGGACGCCGGGGGCAUCUCGGAGACCGAACUCGGUGACGCCGGCCUCGCGCGCCCCCUCACGGAUCCUCUGACGGAUCUCCCAGACCGCUCCAAUUUCUGGUUGGAGCUGGACUCCGAGUCGUCUGCAAGAGACAUUCACAAGGUCGCGGACGGUUGCCGUGUCCAGAGAGGUCACACCAUGACGGACGGGAGUUCUUCUGAACCUUCUCCGCCUCCGCCUCCGCGGGAUGCGCCGUCCCAGACAGACCGAGUGGACAUUUGUGCUCACGGCGACGGCGACUCCGGCUCCCCCGUGCCGUCCCCCGCCAGGGAUCGUUUCCUGCUGUCGGAGCCGGAGGCCGGCUGGGAGGAGUCAGACCCCAGACCGCCUCCCUGCGAGAUUCCGUCCUGGGUGGUGCAACAGGAAGAACACAAGCAGGACUUCCAGGUAUCUUCAGGGGCCAGCCCAGACCGGGUCCACUGGUACGGAUCCGAGGAGUUCCUGGCGCUCCCUGCUCGGAUCCACGAGAGCGAGAUUCUGGCUAUCAACCUGGAGAGUCUGGCCCACGCGGUGAGCGCUGGCGGAGAGGACGUUCCCCACGAUGCUUUGCAGGACGUGGAUGACUGGGAUUUGGCUGAGCUCAGGCAGGACAACUGGGAUUCUCCUGAGAGCGGGGACGACGUUCCCUCGCCACCGUUUGGUCCAAUCAGACGAAACCUCCUGGCCCCCAUUAGCCCCGCCUCCUCCAGCGAAAUCGCGCCCUCGUUGGACGAAAGCGUCGAGUCCGGCCGGCUGAGCGAGCCGCCGUCCGAAGAAGAAGAAGAAGAAGAAGAAGAAGAAGAGGACGGCCGCUUCCUGGGGCCUGCGGCGCCCCCGGAGGACGCGUCUCCGGCUCGGCGGCUUCUGGACGACGUCGGCCGAGACCGAGACCGAGACCCCGACGUGUGCCACAAGAUGGAGGUGUUCGUGCGUCAACUGGACGGAUUCAUCGUGUGGCUGCAGGGGGCGCUGGAGAGCACGCGCGCCUGGACCCCGCCGCCCCGCGGGUGCUUGGACGCGCUCCACGACUUCCUGGACACGCACCUGACGUUCAAACUGGACGUGGACAGCCGCCGCGCUCUGAAAGAGGCCAUCUUGGAGGACGGCACGGCGCUCCUCGCCGUCGUACCCGCCCACCGCUCAGGCCUGCGCGACAUCCUGGAGAUGGUCUCCGGCCAAUGGGAGCAGCUCCAGCUUCAGAUCCGGCGCCAGCACGCGUGGAUCCUGCGAGCCCUGCGCCUGGUCCGGACACGCCUGCUCCCGCACGCCGGCCAAUCGCGGUCUCCCGACCGCCCCCAGGCGGAGCUGCCGUCCGGUCGUCACGAGGCCCGCCGCCCUUCACCCGAAGUGAAGAACCCGCCGUGCGCCUGCGCAGCCAACGGGGAACCCGACAGCCCGCCGGACUUUGAGCGCUGGGACGGCCCGACGGACGCGGACGGCGCGGCCACCGAGCCGAGACCCCGCCCGUUCGAGAGCAGCUGCAGCGAAGUGACGAAGACGAGUCGAGAUGAGUCGACGAAGAGGAACUCGGCAGUACUGCCAGAAAGUUUUCAACGCAAAGUACAACGGCGCGCACCCAAGUGGCCCGACAUGGAGGGGACGGCGGCGGAGAUGAGACGCGCGCAGAUGGCGUUUGCGGCGUCGAGAUCCUCCGCGGGAGACCCCCCCCGUUUGUGUUUUCUCAGGAACAAAAACCUCCUCUCCGGCCCCCCCCCACCGCCCGCCUCGGCCGUCCCGGAGCGGCUGCGGGCCAGCGUGGAGGAGCUGAAGGCGUGGCUGCGACACACCGAGCUGCUCAUCUUCAACUCGUGCCUGCGGCCGAGGCGAGAGGACGACGCCCGGCGGCAGCUGGACAGCUUCAAGAGCUUGUGUUGGGACGUGCGAGCCCGGCGGCGCAGAGUCUCCGGGGUUCUGCAACUUUGCCAGAAGCUUCUCCAGCGGAACCAGUCGGAGCCCGAGGCGGAACGGCGCCGCGACGCCCUGCGGCUGCUGACCGUCAACCUGGAACGCAGGUGGGAGGCCGUCGUCAUGCAGACGCUGCAGUGGCAGAAGCGACUCAAGAAGGAGCUGGGAGAGAGCCAGGUCCCGGGGAACUUUCUGGAAGCGGGCCCGGCGGACCCGGAGCGGCCGAGCCCCGACCCGGCGCCCUCCGCUCCGGAUGACUCGUGGGAAUGGGACGAGACCGACAUGGCGGCGGCGGCGGAAGAAGUCCCGGAACCCGACCUGACUCACGACCUCCCCUGCCGCGACGGCGCCGCCCCGGCGAGCCUCCGUCCUCGGAGCGCUUCCGGGACUCUUCCGGCCAUCUACCGGGUGGACGGCCUCCACGCGGCUUCGGAGCUUCCCCGCACGUCCUCCGAGGUGACCGCGAGGAAGCGGCGUGCGCUCCAGAAGAGCCUGAGUAAGGACUCCACUUUCUCCUCCAUGGAAUCCCUCCCGGACCUCCUGGGCGGACUGAUGCGAGGCGGCAAACGCUCCGAGAGUGAAAGCGGAAUCGCCAGCGACGCGGGAGACGGCGAGACGGUUCUGCGUCGCGACGAGGACGUAGAUGCAGCGAUGCAGCUGGAAGAAGACGGGCGAGGACACGGCAUCCAAAGAGCCUCAGGAACCACCAAAGAAGUAGAGGAACUCUUUGGCCCCAGGAACGGAGGAAGCCAGAAUCUGGACAUCCCGGACCAGGGUCAGGAGCGGGAGGAGUUUCUUCUGAAGCACGGUUUGGAUAAACUUCCCGGCGGUUCCUUCUUAUCUCCGGGGUCUUCUCUGGAGUCCCUCCUGUCUCUGGGCUUAGAACUGUUCCCCUCCAAAGAACACCUCCACCGCAGCGCCUCCCUGGAAAGCGGCCUGCCGGAGCUGGACCUGUGGCGGACCAGAGACGAGGACUGCCAUUGUCCAGAAGACCGGGAGUGUGGGGGAGGGCAAGGAGAGCUGUCUUCUGGGGAGCUGAGCCGAAGAACCUUGGACCUCCUCGAGCGUCUGGAGAACAUUCAGAGUCCCGUGGCCGCCCAGAUGACUCGCAGCGUGUCGGACGUGACGCUCCUCCGGAGCGGCUCUCCUCUCGGCCGACGUCGGCGAGGUUCUCGUGAGGCUUUCCCGUCGCUUGUCCGGGAGAGCUCGCCGUCGCUCGCCGAGCUGAGCGGCCCCGAAGAGUCGUCCCUGGGUUCCGAAGACUUCGCCGCGCCGCCCCCACGCGGGAGCCUCCUUCCGGAUCGGGCCUCGGCACGGGGGGGAGAGCGGACCUCCUCGGGGAGGCCGCGCAAGAGGAGCGGCCGCCGAGAGGAGGCGGACGCCGUCAGCUUGAGCAUGGUGGUCAACGUCUCCUGCGCCUCCGCCUGCACUGACGACGAGGACGACGGCGACCUCCUAUCCUCUUCCACCCUCACCCUCACCGAGGAGGAGAUGGGAGUCCGGGAGGAGGACGAGGAGAGGCUCAUUCUCUCCUCGUCCGGCAAUGAGGUGGAGGCGGCCCCGGAGGAGUCACACGUGCUGGGUCCGGACUCCGUGAAGGCGGAGCUCCGGGCUUGGGUGCAAGCUCCCGGCGACUCCUCGGAGACGGAAGUCGUCCUUUGGGAUGAACUUGGCUGCGGGACCAACCCGGACCAAGAGCAUCUCCUGAACUCGACCCAGCUCGACCGGCAGCUGCACCGGAGGAAGGCUGCGAGGAGCUUCAUCAGCCGGUUUGCUGACGACGUGGAGAACGGGAACGCGGAGCCGAGCGGCUCCAAAGACAAAGACCGGGACGGCCGGCUCCUGCGAGAGGAGUCCGGCCUGUUCGCCAGGAGAGGAGCGGCUCACGCCAACAGAGGAGAUCUUCUCGGGGAGUCCUUCGCCUUCUCCACAGGCCAAGAGGAUGUGAACCGGCCGUCUUCGCCCUCCUGCGAGUUGCUGGCGCCCGCCGGCGACUCCUCCUUAGUGGGCCAGUUGAAGGGCGAGUUACCCUGCCAGAGCGCCUCCCCCGCGAUAGAGGAGGGGCAGCCGUCCCGGGACAGGAAGGCCAUCACCAUCCGGGAGAAGUUCAAGUUCUCUUCGCUGGUGACGGAGCAGAGCAGGAGUCAGCUCCGGGACAAACGUUCCUGGCUCCCUGCCGAAAAGUGGAAAAGUUCUCAUAGCUGCUGGUGUCGCCAGGACCUCCUCCCGUCGCCCCCCUCGCCCCGGACGAAGGAGGCCGUGCGGGACUUUGUCGCGGAGAUGCUGGACUGGACUCCAGAGGCCCGCCGGAGCAAAGAGCUUCUCGGACGCGACGAGCCCACCGGCGAGGUCGGGAAGUCCGAGGCCGAGAUGAGCCCCGCCUCCCUCAAGCACAUCAGACACAAGGUGGCGCUAAAUUCCCAUCAGCCCUUGCAUCUGCGCCAAGGCGACUUCUACGCCUACUUGUCGCUCUCGUCCCACGACAGCGACUGCGGCGAAGUCGCUCAGCGCGUCGACGACAAGAGCGAAAGGCCCGCGCCCCACCUCGUCGCCGCCGCCCAAACUCAUGGCCGCGACGGCGAGGACGUCGGCGCUCCGGACCCGUCGCCGCCGCCCGGCCCGGACAUCCGAGACGAGGAGACGCUCUUCCCCGCCUGCGCCGAGGAGGUGUACCUGGGCCCGCCGCUCUGCUACAGCGUGCCGCCCGGCAACAAGACCCCCAAGAUCUUCCGGGCCAACGGUCCGCAAGGUCCUCUCAGAGACCCCGAGGCGGUCCGGAAUGCGGCGCCAGCCGCGCCGGAACCUCCCCGCGGCUUCCCUGCCGUCGACUUGCCGGCGCCGCGGGAGGCGCCAAAGGGCCCGCAAAACUCGGAGGGCGAGACGCCCAAGGAGGUCCGGAGCGCCGUCUGGCUCCCCGCGGGAGAAGCCGGGCGGGCGGGGGCGCCGAGUAAUGAGGCGCCUUUUUAUCUUAAUCCCCGGGCACGUGUCGCCCCGAUAGACUCCUCGCCUGCCCAGUGUUCGCCAGAUACUGAAAGGCUUCAAUCCAAUAUUGGCGCCGUAAUGACCGAGAUAACCGGCGGCGGCGGCGGCUCCGCGACAAAUCCCUCAAAAGAGCCGCCCGCCUCCGCCGCGCGUAUUAAUCCCAAAAUUAACUGCAGGCCGAUCAAAGAGGCUGAUAGGGCGGCGGCGGGGAGGCGGGGGGCGGCCGACGCUCCCGGCGCCGAACGGCCCCAAGACGGGACGGCGGUGGAAGCCGAGUCCGCCGUCAAGAAGAAGCAGGCAAGCGCUGUCAAUCAAGUCGGACGGGGGCGGAGCCGAGUGUCGAUCCGGCCAAUCAGACAGACCGGACCCGGAGUCGGAAGCAUCCAGCUGACGUGCGACUGCUGAACGUAGCCACCGAGAAAACGGAAAACGCAAGCCGGCGGAAAGAGAAAGUCUGAGGAGGACGUCGCCACCGCAAAGCUUACGGACGGAGCCUUUCGGUUUGGGUUUUGUUGGGCGUCGGGGGGGGUGGGGGGGGGUCGAACAACCUUUCCUGAAGAGCGGGGGGUCUCCUGCGAUUGCCGUGGAUUUUUAUUGAUUUUGUAACAGCUGCGUAUCGCGUAAAAAGAAAAAAAAAACCACACACACACACACAAAGAAGAGAGAAAUGGGGCAAAUAAAGCGGGGUGGGGGGUGGGGGGCACUAUUCGUGGGGUAAAAAAAAAAAAAUCCCCAAAUCAUUAACACUCAUUGUAAUGACCUUUCUCAGAGGGUUGGGGGGAAUCCCAUCAAAAAUUAAUCCAUAAAAACUGGAAUAACUGUGGGAUCAAGCGCUCAUAAGCGGGACCUUGCAGUCAUAAUGCGCCUCAAAAAAUCUGUCAAUGAAAAGGUGACUAAGUAUCGGUCAAAAAUGAAAAGAGGAAUCAAGUCCCCGUCCCCCCCAACCCCAACAAAUCCGCAGAAAUCUGCAAUUAGUUGACAUUGACGACUGGAUAACGAAAAUGAACCAAAACGUGAUGAAGCAGUUUUCUGCGAGGAAUAGCAAAUAAUGCUGGCCCAAAUUGAAAUGAAAAUGAAAUGAGUGAGCGAUCCGAAAAUGAAUGAUUCGUGCAGGGUUAGGUUUUAAUAUUUAACGAGAAAUGUGAUUUUUAAAUUCUGAAAGAAAAAAUACAUUGGGAACUUGGUCAAAUACAGUGAGGAAAGAAGCGAAACGUAGGUUGCCCCCCCCCCCCCAACAAGGUUUGGUUGGCCAAGAAGGAACUUGACUUGCCCGACGCUUUGAGUGGAUUCGUGGCUGCCUGGGUGGCCGUCGGGCACAACUUGUGGACCUUUGCGAAGGCCCAACGGCGCUCGUGCGUUUGCGUGCGUCGCUGCACGUCUCCCGCUUCCGAAUCGUCAAUCGUUUUUUUGCCUUUUUGCUCGUCUUUGUACGUCAAGUUGCUUAAAUUGAGAGGACGGACGAAGUUGCGGAGGGGCAUGCUGGCCUCCGCCACAUAUUGAUAAAAAUCCAAAUCAUCCUCACUUGACGUCGGUCUUUCUCGUGUCGCCUCGCAGCGCAAGAACCACCAGACGCCAGCGCGUGGCGAUUUUCUCUCACGAAAGUAGAGCCAAGUUCAGUUUUGGGUUUGAGAAAAAGGAUUUUCUUUCUUGCUCUCCUCUGCACGCGAACAUUUGGGAGAAAGCGGGAUUUGUUUGGUUUUUUUGUUUGUUCUUUCCUUGUUCUUGCUCCUUUUCCUCCAGCUUGUCAAAGAAACUGAGAUCAAAUAAACGAUUCUAAUCCUAA